AUGGAAUUGUCAAAUGUGUCUGAACAAAAGCAUGAACACUUUGUCAGAUUUGCAGAUGCUCUAAAGGCAUUUGUUGUUGAUACAUUCGACGAUGCGAACAACGCAAACCCGUUUGAUGUUAUUAAGGAGUUCCGUAGUAUCGCCGGAGAAUCUGCUUUGAGUUUGGUCCAGAAAGGUUCGGAUUCCAACAACACAACAGAGUAUAACGAUUGGGAAUUGGAAGCCAGAUUUUGGCAUUUGCUUCAAUUGCUGUUGAGUUUCAGAACUGCUGAUAUCGAUUUUGAUGGAGAAACAACCGUGUAUCCAUAUAAUUCCAGCGCUGUAUUUGAGAAGGAACUACUGCAUAAGGACAGAUCAUUGUAUCAAAUAUGGAUAGUUAUGGUGUGGUUACAAGAAAAUAUCAAAGUCAGUGAAAGACCAAAAAAUUUACCAACCUCCAAAUGGUCAAAUACUUUACUUUCAGGGGAACUAAAAAGUGCAGACCUAGAUUAUCCGUUAAGAAAUCCAGAUGCUGUUAUUGAUAUGCGAGAUAAAGAGCAAGAUCACAUCUUUUUCAGAUAUAUCUACGAAAUGUUGCUAAGUGGAAAUUUUGAAGAUGCAUACGAAGAGUGUAAACUGUCAGAAAAUAUCACGCUAUGCAUGAUUCUAUGCGGGAUGCAAGAGUAUAUAAACCCACAGAUUGAUACACAGUUAUCCGAAGAAUUCGAUAGCCAACAAGGUGUGAAAAAGCAUUGUUUAUGGAGAAGAACAGUUUAUCAACUAUCUCAAAACUCUCAAUUGGAUCCUUAUGAGCGUGCAAUUUACAGCUACAUAUCUGGUACAAUGCCAAAUGAAGAAGUGUUAAGCAAGUGUGAUUGGGAAUCAGAACUGCUAUUAAAUUUAAACUCGAUUAUCCAAAUCGAAGUUGAAAAUUACAUGAUAUCCCGAGGGAAAGUGGAUCCAUCGGAACUAUUUGUGGCCUUGCCCUCUAAAACGCAGACAUUACAGGAGGUACUAAACAUGGUGUCUGCAAAGCACCCGGUUGAAAGUGAGCACCCCGUCAGAGUUCUUAUGGGUGCAGUUAUCUCGAAUAAUUUGGAGACAUUACUUCAUUCUUCCGUCGAAACGUUAUUAGAUCUUGUAAAGGGGUAUGAGUCCAGCAUAGAAUUACUCGAUGAACCAUAUUUAUUGAGAAUAAUCAGCCACGUUGGUAUAUUAUUGGAUAUCAUUCAUCCCGGUACACUAUCAAAAGGCGACAAGGUGAAGCUACUAACGGCUUAUAUCAGUAUCUUGAAGCUAUAUGAAUUGUUAGAACCAAUACCAGUUUAUAUUUGCUUUCUCGACGAAGUUGAUGCAAUGGAAGCCUAUUCUUUUGUUCUGUCCACUCUGGGCGAUGAGCCAAAAGUUAAAACAAGGCAAAUUGAAUUAAUGAAAUUUUUAAAAUUGCCAAUAUUGAACAUACUGAAACGUACAACAGAGAAAGUUUUUGCUGAGACCGAAUCCAAUUAUACUCCGGAUCAAGGCAUUUCAAUCACAUUCGAUAUCACAAACAUCGAUAAGCAUUUGAUAUAUGCGGUAGAGGGGUUAUUUUUAGGGCAUUUUUACACUGACGCCAUGGAGUGCACUUUGGCGUUGGCAAGAAGAUUUCUAUUGAAUGGUAAGGUAGGAUCUUUGGAGUAUUUCAUAGAUCGUAAUUCUCUUGAGAAUUUGAUUAAUGUUUACAAAUUGGAAACGUUACCCCACACUGGCGAUAUCAUAGAUGAUGAUUCCUCAGUUAAAGAAAUACUGCAAUAUGCAAACUUGAUGCAGCAUUUCAAAAGAUACGCCGAAUGGCAGAAGUCUGUUAAAUUGCUAAACUCGGAUUCAAACAUUCCAACUUUGAUUGAGAAAUUUCAAGAAUAUUCAAACUGCAGUAUGGAAAUGAUAAAAACAUUUUUGGUAGAGCUGACAGAAGAUAAAAAUGCGGUUAAUUUUUUUGUUCUAUACGAGAUCCGUGCCCUUUACACACCCUAUUUGAUAAUUGAGUUACACAAGGGUUUGGUGGAAGCUUCUAAACUGUUGCGUAUCCCCAAAUUUGUUAAGGAGGCGUUGGGUUUCACCGAACUUGUAGCAAAUGAAAAUGACGGUAUUUAUCUACUAUUCCAAUCAAGUGGAAAACUGAAAAAGUAUCUGACCUUAGUCGCCCAUACGGCAACUUUGGUUGAAUACUCCUAA